AUGCAGACCCGCUCGCAGACACAAGACCAACCCCCCCAGCCUCCAAAGCAAGCCGCCUACGCCCAAUCCUCGAAUCCCGUCUCACAGAUGCCACAAGAGCAACGAGUAACCACCGAACCGAGUCGACACCACGGUGAUACAAUCGGAGCAAUUAAACGCACAGCCGAGUCAAAACCCUCGAGCGAUGAAGAACGAACUCGUCUGAGUGCGCAGCACCGGAAACAUGAACAAGAGCUGCACAAUGCACCCGACGUCGAUCUAGAAUACGGCGUGGAGCAGCAGCCUGCGGAGGGGUAUAUUGCGGAUACUGUUCAGCGUAAGGGGAGGGAGGCUCAGCGCGCACAGGCUGGUGCUCAUGCUGGUCCUGUUGGGAGUGCGGGUGGGCCUGGUCACCCUGGUUUCGGGGAAGCGGAUGACCUGACGGCGAAUCUGGGGGCGAAGAAGGUUGAACAUGAUCGGAUUCUUGAUGAGAGGGUUAAGGGAAGUCCAGCUGAGCCUGAGGGGGAAGGUAAGGCUGCUAGACGAGGUAGGUUGGAGCGGGAUGAGAAGUUCGAUGUGGAAAGAGCGGUUAAACAGGUUACUGGUGAUCCAGUUGUGGGUAAAUAG